AUGUCUCAGAAUUCGUGUCUAGACACUGGGCGAAAAUGCGAAGGUCCGGUACCUCGACGGAUCCAGUUUUUCGGCGACGAAUCUGCCACACCGAGCAACGCAGUCCUGUUACCGGAGGUAAACCUCUUCGCGCCGCAGCAUAAUGAUGAGGAAAGAUGGGCCUUUAACUACUUCCUCCAUCGUGCUGCACCGAUCUUCGCUGGCGUCGUCGAUGGCCCCUUUUGGCUGGAAUUAGUCCCCCGACUCGCACAAUCUCAUGCCUUUGUUUGGAAUGUGGUGAUUGCCUCCAGCUGGAUAUUCGAGCACGUAAAUUACAACGACCUCGAGACCGCCUACACACCUUGUGAUGCAAGUGCAGUCACGGACGUGGAGCACCGAAAGGCGCUGAAAUGGUACCAAAGAGCUCUAAUCGACUUCCGUCACCUUCUGGAAAGAGGGGAGGCGGACAAUGAUUACAUCCUCCUGAGUUGUAUCCUCUUCGCCGGUCUGGAGUUCCAGCAGAGGCAAGUGGGCAACGCAUGGCGUCUUAUAGAUACUGCAUUUACACUCAUCGACCAGAGUCUCUCCAUGUCCCAGACACAGAUGUCGAAACUGAAGGAUCCGACCCUCUACGAAUUCGUCACUGCUUUCUUUUCACGCAAAGCGGUCUUCAUGGGACCGCUUGGGAGACCAAUACCGCUCAAAUGGAACAUUCACCCCGCAAAGGAGACAUUGCUGCCUUCAAUGAAGUCUUCCCUGGCCGUACUCGAGGACGCUAAGGCGCAAUUGGAAAGCCUCAUGUACCAAUCUUACGAAGUCGUGCGGGUGGGCCAUCUGUUGUACCACGACGACUAUGAAAUGCAGAAAUUGAAGCCCAGACAAGAGCUACAUCUCAAAGCGGUGCAACAGUGGAAGGACACAUUCCACCAGCUGUGCGUAAACGGGCAGGGUGAUGAGAGGGGCUGCAUCGUGUCGACUCUCCUUAUGUACUGGGAGAUGUGCUACAUUUUGCUGGCCGUCUGCACCAGUCCGCUGCAGACGUCUUUCGACAAACAUAUGAACGGUUUCGCGGCCAUCGUUGAUGACGCCCAAAUUGUUCUUCAGUGCAUUGCUGCAUCGGAUAAAGAAGGCCAAGAACUCCUACGCGAUGGCGACGUUAUUCCUCCUCUUCUGUUCACGGCCACCAAAUGCCGCGAUCCGAUUCUGCGGCGGAAGGCUUUGCAGUUACUCAGGCAGGCUCCAUACCGAACUGGCUUGUGGUCUUCGGUAGCGUCGCCUGGCCUUGUGGAGAAAAUGAUUGCUGUCGAAGAAGAUGGCGUGCACUUCUCAGCAUAUCCGGUUCCUUCGCCAUCGAUCUGUCCACCGCCAGAGGAGCGACGAAUACACCACUUUGCCAUUGUCAGAGGAGAGACUAGCGAUGGUGGUCGUCGCCUCAAAGUUCGGCUGACCAAGGCUGCACCUGAUACAAUGGGCUCGUUGAGAAUGGUCCAUGAAGAGAUUUGGGUGGAGGAACGCACGGAGAGCUGGCCUUGA